UUGUCGCUGCUGUUUUUGUCGCAUCUGUGAGGGGAAAAGCUUCCAAAUGGACGAGUAUCAGUCAGCAGAAGAAACAUCCUUCGUCGUAGACGAGGUUAGCAACAUUAUCAAAGAGUCUGUCGAAGGAGCUAUCGGCGGAAAUGCCUACCAACACAACAAAGUGAAUCAGUGGACUUCCAAUGUCGUCGAGCAAUGUUUGAAUCAACUAACCAAGCUCGGAAAGCCAUUCAAGUACAUCGUCACCUGUGUCAUCAUGCAGAAAAAUGGAGCUGGCCUUCACACUGCAAGUUCCUGUUUCUGGGAUAACACUUCUGAUGGAAGUUGUACAGUGAGAUGGGAAAACAAGACCAUGUACUGCAUCGUGAGCGUUUUUGGACUGGCGAUUUGAUUUGUAAACAAGAUGACGUGGUUUUAAAAUCGAGAACAAUGCUAUAUAAGGAACAAUUUUGUAACAUAUAGGUUUCUAUGUUGAUUUUAAAUGUGGCAACCGUGUGUGAAACUGAGAACUAGCCACUAGAAUUUUCAUUUUAAUUUCACAAAGCUUAAGCGCGUUCAUUAUCUACUAUCUUGAAACUAAAGCAUUUCACAUAAUAUCUGUUUGCAAGCACUUGUACUAGUGCAUACCAAUACAAUUGUAAAUCCUCUUGCAAGAAUACCUUGGAUUUCUCUCUUUUUUCGUAAUUUACGUUGAGGCGAAUAUCUGCUUCAGUAUUGAUAGGUAUGACUAUUUACAAGAGUUCGACAGAUUUGACGCGUGACUGUCUUGGGUUACGGUAUAUUUUGUACAUUUAUUAAACUUUAUUGUAUUCUUGAAGGCGUGA